AUGGCCGACAAGAUGUCUUAUCUCCUCUUCGGAGAUCAGUCUCUUGAUACCCAUGGAUUUCUCGCCGAGUUCUGCCGCCAAGGAAAUCCGAGCAUCCUCGCGAAGACGUUCCUCGAGCAGGCUGGCCAGGCUUUGAGGGAGGAGAUCGAUUGUUUGGGAAAGUUGGAAAGGUCGAAGCUUCCCACCUUCAUGACCCUCCGUCAACUCAACGAACGAUACCACGCCCAGAGCAUCAAGCACCCUGGCGUCGACAGUGCCUUGCUAUGCGUCACCCAACUGGCUCACUACAUCGACCGCACCGAGAAGGAGCCUCAAGAUGUCUGCGUUCACGACCACACUUUCUUCAUGGGUCUUUGCACGGGGCUUUUCGCCGCCGCCGCCAUCGCCUCGACCCCCUCAGUCUCUACCUUGAUACCCCUUGCCGUUCAGGUAGUCCUCAUGGCCUUCAGAACUGGCUCACACGUCGGUUCGUUGGCUGAGAGGCUCAGCCCGCCGGUCGGUCAAUCUGAACCCUGGACCCAUAUCCUUCCUGGCUUGAAGGAAGUCGAUGCCAAAGAGGCACUAUUUAAUUUCCAUGAAUCUAAUUACAUCCCCGUCGCCAGCCAAGCAUACGUUAGCGCUGUGUCGGCAUCGAGUCUGGCCAUCUCUGGACCGCCAGCAACUCUGAAGGCUCUCGACGACCAGAACGUCUUCGGCGUCAAGUCGACGGCGAUCCCAGUCUACGGCCCCUACCACGCAUCUCACCUGCACGGUACUGCCGAUGUCGAGAAGAUCCUCCGCCUUAACGACCCCAAGGUCGCCGAGAUUUUGGCUAACACCAAGCCUCGUUCCGCCAUCAUGUCUGGCACCAAGGGCAUCUGGUUCGCCGAGACCGAUACCAAGUCCUUGUUCAAGGCUGUCGCCCACGAGUGCCUCGUCGAUGUUCUCCAAUUCCAGAAGGGCAUCGAGGGCUGCAUCGAGACCGCCCGCGAUUUUGAGGGAUCAACAUGCCUCGUCAUUCCCUUCGGACCCACACACAACGCCGAGACUCUCCAAAAACUCAUUAAGGACAAGACUCAGCUUGAGGUCGUCGUCCGCCCAGGACCCAAGAUCACAAGGGAAAGCAUCAACUCCAACAUUGGAAACCACGGUUCUAACGGAAAGUGUAAGCUGGCCAUUGUUGGUAUGGCUGGUCGCUUCCCCGACGCUGCCAGUCACGAGAAGCUGUGGGAGCUUCUUGCCAAGGGUCUGGAUGUCCACAGAGUCGUCCCUGCCGACCGUUUCCCCGUGGCAACUCACUACGACAUUACUGGCAAGGCCAUCAACACCAGUCACUCCCAGUACGGAUGCUGGAUUGAGAACCCUGGUUACUUCGACCCCAGAUUCUUCAACAUGUCUCCUCGUGAGGCGUUCCAGACCGAUCCCAUGCAACGUAUGGCUUUGACCACUGCCUACGAGGCGCUCGAGAUGUGCGGUUACGUCCCUAACAGGACACCGUCAACAAGACUGGACCGUAUCGGUACUUUCUACGGUCAGACUUCCGACGAUUGGCGUGAAAUCAACGCCGCGCAGGAGGUCGAUACCUACUACAUCACGGGUGGUGUCCGCGCUUUCGGCCCCGGACGUAUCAACUACCACUUCGGUUUCAGUGGACCCAGUCUGAACAUCGACACGGCCUGCUCAUCCAGUGCUGCUGCCAUGAACGUUGCUUGCAACUCUCUGUGGCAGAAGGACUGUGACACCGCGAUUGUUGGUGGUCUGUCUUGCAUGACGAACCCCGAUAUUUUCGCUGGUCUGAGUCGUGGCCAGUUCUUGUCCAAGACUGGACCUUGCGCCACCUUCGAUAACGGUGCUGACGGUUACUGCCGUGCUGAUGGCUGUGCUUCAGUCAUCGUUAAGCGCCUCGACGACGCUAUCGCCGACAAGGACAAUGUUCUUGCGGUGAUUUUGGGCACGGCCACCAACCACUCGGCCGAUGCCAUCUCUAUCACUCACCCUCACGGUCCGACCCAGUCCAUCCUUUCGAGCGCUAUUCUCGACGAUGCUGGUGUUGAUCCUCUCGACGUUGACUACGUGGAGAUGCACGGUACCGGUACUCAGGCUGGUGACGGCACUGAGAUGGUGUCCGUCACUAACGUCUUCGCUCCUGCCGACCGUAAGAGACCUGCCGACCGCCCUCUGUACCUUGGUGCCAUCAAGUCCAACGUUGGACACGGUGAGGCUGCUUCGGGUGUCACUGCCCUCUGCAAGGUCCUCAUGAUGAUGCAGAAGAACGCUAUCCCGCCCCACGUUGGUAUUAAGAAGGAGAUCAACAAGACCUUCCCCAAGGACUUGUCGGAGCGCAACGUCAACAUUGCCUUCCACAUGACCCCCUUCAAGAGGAGAGAUGGCAAGCCCAGACGUAUCUUCGUCAACAACUUCAGUGCUGCCGGUGGUAACACUGGUCUGUUGCUGGAGGAUGCUCCCCAGCUCCAGUCUGCGGAGGUCGACCCUCGCAACGUCCAGGUCAUUACCGUGACUGGAAAGUCUAAGGCUGCCAUGAUCCGCAACGCCGAGAGACUUGUGGCCUGGAUGGAGCAGAACCCUCAGACUCCUCUGUCGCACGUGGCUUACACCACCACUGCCCGUCGCAUCCAGCACUACUGGCGCAUGAACGUCGCCGCCUCUGAUAUUCCGGAGGCUCAGCGUCUCAUCAAGGACAGACUCAAGGAGAACUUCAGCCCCAUCUCCACUCAGCAGCCCAAGGUUGCCUUCAUGUUCACUGGACAGGGUUCUCACUACGCCGGCCUCGGCAAGGACCUUUACACGCACUACCGCGUGUUCCGUGAGAGCAUUGAGGAGUUCAACCAGCUUGCUCAGAUCCAUGGCUUCCCCAGCUUCCUGCCUCUGAUUGAUGGCAGCGAGCCCGAUGUCACCAAGCUGUCUCCGGUCGUUGUCCAGCUUGGACUCUGCUGCUUCGAGAUGGCUCUUGCGCGUCUGUGGGCUUCCUGGGGUAUCCGCCCUGCCGCUGUCAUGGGUCACUCUCUUGGCGAGUACGCUGCUCUCAACGCGGCUGGUGUCCUGUCUGCCAGCGACACCAUCUACCUCGUCGGAGCCCGUGCUCAACUCCUCGUCGAGAAGUGUACUGCCGGCACCCACGCCAUGCUUGCCGUCACCGGCCCUGUCGACGUUGUCAUGGAGGCUCUUGGCUCUCAGGCCGAGUCUGUCAACGUGGCUUGCAUCAACGGCCCCCGCGAGACCGUUCUCGCCGGAGCUGCCGCCAAGAUCACCGAGAUCUCUUCUCACCUUGGCACCGCUGGCUUCAAGUGCACUCAGCUCAAGGUGCCCUUCGCUUUCCACUCUGGCCAGGUUGAUGCUAUCCUGGACGACUUCGAGACUCUCGCCCGCUCUGUGAGCUUCGAGAGGCCUCAGGUCCCCAUCAUCUCUCCCCUCCUCGGAAAGAUGGUCGAAAGCGAGCCUAUCAACGCUGCCUACCUCCGCAACCACGCUCGCGACGCCGUCAACUUCCUUGGCGGUCUCGUCCACGCACAGCAGUCCGGCUCCAUCGAUGAGAAGACCGUUUUCCUUGAGAUUGGCCCCCACCCCGUCUGUGCCAACUUUGUCAAGUCUUCGUUUGGCAUUAGCUCUGUGGCUGUACCUACUCUCCGCCGCAAUGAGUCUACCUACAAGGUUCUCAGCAACACCAUGUGCACUCUUCACACUGCUGGUCUCAACCUGGACUGGGAUGAGUUCCACCGCGACUUCAGCGACUGCACUCGUCUCCUGGAUCUUCCCACUUACUCCUUCGAUGAGAAGAACUACUGGCUCCAGUACACCGGCGACUGGUGCCUUACCAAGAACCGUGGCCCGGCUGCCGUCAAGGCCCCUCUCCAGAUUGAGCCCGCGAAGCCCAAGCUGUCCACCACCUCUGUCCACGCCAUUACCAACGAGGACAUCAACGGUGACAUUGCCAUCAUUCACACUGAGACCAACCUGUCUCGUCCCGACACUAGACCUUUGGUCGAGGGUCACUUGUGCAAUGGUGCGCCUUUGUGCCCCUCAACCUUGUACGCCGACAUGGCCAUGACCAUUUGCGACUACGCCUACAAGACGCUGCGACCUGGCACUGAGAACAUCGGUCUCAACGUUGCCAAUGUCGAGGUUCCUAAGACUCUCAUCUUCGAUGAGAAGCUUGAUGCUCACAUUCUCCGCACCACGGUCACUGCCAAUGCUGCCCUUGGCUACGCCGAUGUCAGCUUCCACACUGGUGAGGGUUCAAAGAAGGUCGAGCAUGCGCACUGCAAGGUCGUCUACGGCAACACUGAGCAGUGGGCUGAUGAGUUCGAGCGUGUCACCUACUUGAUCAAGGGCCGUGUCGACGCCCUCGAGGAGGCUGAGCGCCAGGGCAAGGCUUCUAAGAUUGGCCGUGGCUUGGCAUACAAGCUGUUCUGUUCUCUCGUCGACUACGACCCCAAGUACCAGGGCAUGGAGGAGGUUAUCUUGGACAGCAAGACCUGUGAGGCUACUGCCAAGGUCACCUUCCAGACUACUGAGAAGGACGGAAGCUUCUUCUUCAACCCUUACUGGAUUGACUCUUGCUGCCACAUUUCUGGCUUCAUCAUCAACGGUACCGAUGCCGUUGACUCUCGCGAGCAAGUCUUCAUCUCUCACGGCUGGGGAUCUCUCCGAUUCACCGAGAAGCUUGACCCCAAGAAGUCUUACCGCUCUUACAUCCGUAUGCAGCCGGUCAAGGGUACCAAGAUGAUGGCUGGUGAUGCUUACGUCUUCGACGGCGACCGCAUCAUCGGUGUCGCUGGUGACGUCAAGUUCGCCUCCAUUCCUCGCAAGGUCCUCAACAUGGUUCUGCCGCCCCGUGGUCGCGCUCUCGCUGGCGCUGCCCCCGCCCCUGCUGCCGCCGCGGCCAAGGCUGCUCCCGUCAAGGCCGCUCCUAAGGAGAAGGCAGGCAAGGAGAAGGGUUCCAAGCAAGUCACCGCUAGCAACCUCAAGACCGUUAAUGCCAAGCUUGCUAAGCGGUCUGUUGUCCAAGAAGUCUUCGACAUUUUGGCUAAGGAGGUUGGUGUCACCCAUGACGAGCUUGCCGACAACAUCGCUUUCACCGAUUUGGGUUGCGACUCGUUGAUGGCUUUGACCGUCUCCGGCAGAAUGCGUGAGGAGAUGGAUAUUGACAUCGACUCCCACGCCUUCGUCGAGUACCCCACGAUCGGUGCGUUCAAGGCGUUCCUCGCCCAGUUCGAGACGGCUGGUGGCAAGGACAACUACGUCCAGGACUCUGGCGACUCCAGUGGCUCAGUGUCUGAAACUCCUGAGCUUGAGUCUGACUCGAACGUGACUACUCCUUACGAGGAGAGCGACCGGUCAGUCAAGGGCGAGGGUGAUGAGGAUUGCGGUGAUCUCCAGAACAUCCUCCGCGACACCAUUGCCACUGAGAUGGGUGUCGAGGUUGAUGAGAUCGUCGCCGCUCCUGAUCUGGCCGCCCUGGGUAUGGACUCUCUCAUGAGCUUGUCCAUUCUGGGUACUCUCCGUGAGAAGUCAGGUAUGGAUAUCCCCAAUGACCUCUUCGUCACCAACCCUUCUCUGCUUGAGGUUGAGAAGGCUUUGGGUAUCGGCCCGAAGCCCAAGCCCGCUGCCGCGCCGAAGCCUGCCAAGACUUCUGCGCCUAGACGCGAGCCGAAGGUCCAGCCCACCAAGGAGAUCAACACUCACCCGGGCAACACGACUGCUUCUAUCACCAAGCCGCCCCCACCCAAGGAGAUUAUCGACAACUACCCUCACCGCAAGGCGACAUCCAUCCUUCUCCAAGGCAGCACUCGCACCGCUACCAAGAACCUGUGGAUGGUACCUGACGGCUCCGGCUGUGCUACCUCUUACACCGAGAUCAGCCAGGUCUCUUCCGACUGGGCCGUCUGGGGUCUUUUCUCUCCCUUCAUGAAGACCCCUGAGGAGUACAAGUGUGGUGUCUACGGCAUGGCCGCGAAGUUCAUCGAGGCCAUGAAGGCCCGUCAGGCUAAGGGUCCUUACUCCCUGGCCGGUUGGUCCGCCGGUGGUGUUAUUGCCUACGAGAUCGUCAACCAGCUCACCAAGGCUGGAGAGACUGUGGACAACCUCAUCAUCAUCGAUGCCCCCUGCCCUAUCACCAUCGAGCCUCUUCCCAAGAGCCUCCACGCCUGGUUCGCCGAGAUCGGCCUCCUCGGCGAGGGUGACGACGAGGCAGCCAAGAAGAUCCCAUCUUGGCUCCUUCCCCACUUCGCCGCCAGUGUCACUGCCUUGAGCAACUACACCGCGGAGCCUAUCCCCAAGGAUAAGUGCCCCAACGUGAUGGCUAUCUGGUGUGAGGAUGGUGUUUGCCAUCUCCCUACCGAUCCUCGCCCGGAUCCUUACCCCACGGGCCACGCACUCUUCCUCCUGGACAACAGGACUGACUUCGGUCCUAACCGUUGGGACGAGUACCUCGACAUCAACAAGUUCAGAACCAGGCAUAUGCCCGGUAACCACUUCUCCAUGAUGCAUGGCGACUACGCCAAGGCUCUUGGACAGUUCAUUCGUGAGGCGGUUUGCGAGUAA